AAUCGUUGAUCGUACUAGAAGGGCUUGAUUAGAAGACUAGCAGGUAAGGCAUGGAUCAUCAAGCCACAUACAAGGUAACAAGUUACACUCAAGGCUGGUAUGAGUGUGAUGGUCUGUCCAGAUCGAGGUGAGGCUCGAUCUGUUGGAAGGUGGAGGAGCCUCGCUGUGCCGAGACGGGGGGGAGAGAAGGGGGGAUGCGACCGCACAGUGCUCCAGAGGUGUCGAGACUGUCGUCGACAGCCUAGCAGAGGAUCACCCGCGAUCGAUUCGGGGGGGGAGGGUGGAGAAAACGAAGGGCGGUGAUGUUGUUGGUGUUG